AUGAUCAGAACACCUGAAGAACCUCCCGCCAGUACUCAACAACACCCUGACAAUGCUUUUUACACGUUAUCUGUCGGAAUGCGAGGUUCCUGUGGAAGACCAGCAAGACAGUGUUGUCGUAUAAAAAGAGAGAUCCACAUGAGAUCGGCAACUAUCGCCCAAUCUGCUUACUGUCCGUCAUCCCAAAGAGUGGUCCUUAAUAGGAUUAAAAAGUCUUCGAUGAAGGAUAGCCAUGCGAGCAAGCAAGGUUUCGAAAAGCAUUCAGCACGAUUGGCCACAUUCGCACUGUCGAAACUCAUCGAGGUAUUACGAGAGUGCAAAAAGCCGCUCUGUCUCACCUUCAUCGACUUGGGGAACGGUAAAGAGGGUCCCGGCGGAUUCUCCGCGAAUGCCUCCAGGACAUAA